CUUCGUUCUGUCAUUCCCAAUAGAGACUAUCAGCCUGCCGGUAGAGCAGCUUUUCUGUCUUCUUGUUUGUCUGUAAGUCUGCUGCCCGCCUACACGCCUGCCAGCAGGUCGGUGUAAGCGACCCAACCAAUCACCGUGUUGUGUGUUGUCUUGCCUCUCAACCUUGUCUUGCAGUGUUAUGUGCACGCCACUUGUUAUUGUUAUCUCAGUGGAGAAGUCGAUCUGACAGACGUGCUGUUAACCAACUUGGUCCGAUCGGGACAAGCCCCGGUAUACAGACUGACAGAGAGACUGACUGGCAUUUAAAAUCACAGAAGUGUCAACAGCAACCACAACAACAGUAGCAGCAUCACCGAAAGCGAGAGAGGAACGAAAGAAAGUGGAUCUAAUUAAUUAACUAUACAACAAUGUGGAUGAUUAAAUUACUAGUGGCUGUCCAGCUACUGGCCCUUGCACUGGCCGGUGGUAGCAGUAUAGCAAUAGGACAUUACCAACAUGCUUUGUUAUCCUCACACAACAGCUACCGUAAAAAAUUGUCGGGAGAUGGAGUAAGAUCUUUGGUUUGGGAUGAUGGUUUGAGUUCUGCUGCUGGAACAUGGUCUUUAACUUGUGAUUAUAAAGAAUACGAUAAAUAUUUUGGACAAAACAUGUACUACGAUUCUGAGAAAGAUGAUCUGAAAGGUCUUGUCAAAACGGCUGUGAAAAAAUGGAAUGACGAGGCUGAGGCUAUAAUCAAUCCGAAAGGAUCUUGCAAAGGCGAUUGCGACAAAGCUCAGAUGCUCUGGGACAAUACCACCUCUUUUGGUUGUAGUAUCCGUCAGUGUCCUACCCUUAAUCUUGGAAACGGAAAAGUAAUUAAUGAGCCAACCUUCUUGGUGUGUCUCUAUUGGCCAAGAUUACCUGAAGACACGAAGAAAAUAUAUGAACCUGGUAAACCUUGCUCAAAAUGUCCAGAGGACACAAAAUGUGUUAACGACCUAUGUUUAAGUGAGCAAAAUGUGACGCUGGGUUAUAGCGAAGAGCUUUCUAAAAGGUUAAGAACCCCUCCCGAGUACCAUCGACGUUUUCUAAGAAAUAAAGCCACUCUUGACGCUAGGAGACUUCGAAGACAACUGGCAGGAGCAGGAAGCAUGACUGAUACGGAAGAAUAUUAUAUGAAGAGCGCCCAUAACACUCUUCGUCGAAGGACUAACAAACAAGAAUUGAAAUGGAGCCCAUAUCUCAGUAGAUGGGCAAAUUAUGUUAUUCGCUGUGAUGAAGAAUAUCCUGGUCCCAGAAGUGCUUACACUAACUUCGGAAAGUUGUUUACAUCAGACCGGGACAAAGAUCAAGCUGCGUAUCAUCUCGUAUUUCAAUGGGGUAACGAGGGCUAUGACGUUACCAAAGAGUUAAAAACUGGAUGCCGUACUCCGAAUGACAGAGAUACUUGCAACCAUAAUACUAAUAUUAUGGCCGAUGAUAUCGAGAAUUUAGGCUGUGCCGCUCUGGAUUGUCUGAAUUUCAAGCAGCUGACUUGUAUUUAUAAGUGAUUAUAAAUUAGCCAGUUGCGACAGAAGUAUCAAUACAAGACACCCCUAAACAGAGACGGGACACAAAAGGAACAGGCAAACGGAAGGUCACCCACUUAACCGCUUACAAUAUAACAACCAACAUUUCAGAAACGGAGAGUGGGGGGACUGAGUUUCACUGAACCUAUAUUGUCCUAAUCUCACCAUUCUGCUUACAUAUUAUGUCAUAAACACUUAAUACAGUAACCUUUUUAUCUGAUGGGUCAAUUUGA